AUCACGUCAAUGUUGUUCUUGCGUUGUUAGGGAACUGAGGAAGUUUCUUCUUUUUCAAAUGACAUAUAGCACUAUCGAUCUCGUUACUUUGCUCCUUCGAAACACGUCCGCAUUCGAUUGUGUUUGAUUAAAGGCACGAUGUCCUCACCAGAUGGACCGAAGGCGUUUCGAGAACACAAUCAGUUGAAGGAGCUGAGGCAGCAGAGUGAAUGUUUGCAGCAAGUUUGUAGCACCCAUCACACUGGCGGUAGAGACCAUGGACACGGAGAACACCCAGAUGCUGUUGGCUUUAUUGAGGGGACUCGUAGACAUAUAAGAACGAAUCCCGCUAAACAUGCCGUAAGUUUCGCGGCGGACCUGACUUCAAGUCAAACCAUGACAUCACAAAGCAGAGAAGUCAAUAAUCCACCACCACCACGUCACGAUAGAGACAUGGAACGGAGGCCGGCUGAGGUUAGCGUCACAUUACAUUCUCCUGAACAGGAUGAGUUGACUCACUCAGAAAGUCACCACUACAUGCCACCUUUACUUGGAUAUGAUUGGAUAGCAGGAGUCCUGGAUGCGGAAAGUUGUUCGAUGGAGCGCUCUGAGCAGUUCUUCACUAACCUGCGUACAUUUCGAUCCAUGAAUAAUGACGAAUGUGUCUCCAGGCGGCCUGUGAGAUUGUUGGAGGACGGCCCAUCUGCCCAGCUGCUUUUGACGGACAGGGACAACACGGAGAGCACCACGGACACCCAUCAAUGUAUGUUGGGUGCUGGAACUCGAUGUACGUUCUGUUACAGGAUCAACAGCCGACUAUUCCCUGUCCCCCUGGACCCUCAUGAAUGUUGUCCAGUGUGCAGAAAACCCAAAUCCACUGUUCCCCACACGGCCACCCAGCCUGCAUUAGUCAGGGUCAGCAUCCCACACUCCACAAUCGGGCCAGCAUAUAAGUAUAAAGCCCAUCGCCGUUGCAGUUUUGAUCCAUCUGAUAGUUUGGGCUUACCAUCACACUGUCUGGCGGGCUGGGCCAAUACAGGCCAGAACAAAGUACCAGAGGCCGAUAAUCUGGAUCUACGAGGCAAUCUCAACGUGAACAAAACCCCUGACCUCACGCAGACUGAGAUGGACUUUCCACUGUCGGGGGUGUCUGGCUGUCGGCGUGGUGACCAGACGACCACUGUAUCACGACUGGCUCGAUACAGCUUCCAGCACCUCUCCCCCAAAAGGAAAUACAUGCGUGAUACAUCCUUCCAUGUGUACUGAUUAACCUCUUUCCUUUGAUUGUUUUAUUUCAGAUGAUGUGUCACUUCAAUUCUGUUUUACAAUCAAACUAGCACCAUGGUAUAUGUCUUAUGAAAUAUUUAGAAUCUAUACACAAUUUAGUGUAGAUCGUAAUUUUGUAACUAUUAAUUAAAAGGUUAAAUACCAAUACUAGCUGCCAUAUGCGAUUGAGUAUUUUUUUUAUGGCCCUCUGCCUCUAUCCUAUCUGUUCUGUAUCUGAGAAUAACACAAGUGGUGUCUGAAUAUUUGAAAAUGCAUGAUUAAAGUAAUAACCAUAGUUCAUGAUAACUUUUGAAUAAUUUGGGUGAGAAUGUGAGAUCCCAUAAGUCAAAUAGAAGGUCACUUCUGUUUUUAAACUUCCCUUUUAACAACGCAGGGAAACUCACGAGUUUCAUAGAUUAUUUUAACCAAGUAGUUGUAUCCCUGCAUCGGACUCAACGGAAGCAAACCAAGACCCUGAAGUGUGUGCCAACACACUUCCUUUCUAUAAAUCACAGAGUUAAGAGGUUCAUGCUGCCUUUUUAUAGUGGCAUAGUAGGCCUAUAUAUUCUAUGUACAAUGAACAGAAAUAUUCACUUAUCUUUUAUUCUAGAUUUAAUACUUAUCAACGUCCUUGAGUUGCUUUGCUGAAGGAUUCCGAUAGGAAAUGGCCUUCCUAGCAGAAGUGAAACGGAUGACAAAUUGACAAAAAAGACAGAUAACAUUUGUCAUCCACGGACUUCUGUUUAUACCAGAGUACAUGGGUUUACCAAAACAUAUCUUGUGGGACGAUUCUGACAAAUAAAGAAUCAUCGGAUACAUUCUCAAA